UUCGGUUCAACAUGGCGGCCGGCUCGCUGCAUCUGGCUGUUACUUUCCUGUCCGUCCUCACUGGGGUUUUAAGUUUUCCUCUCGGACAGGAAACCAAAUGCUCCGACACCUGCGGAUACGAGUCGUGUCAUGCCACCAAACCCAACAUGCUGAAUGUCCACCUGGUCCCUCACACACAUGACGAUGUUGGCUGGCUCAAGACCGUGGACCAGUACUACUACGGAGACCGUAACGACAUCCAGCAUGCGGGUGUGCAGUACAUCCUGGACUCUGUGGUGGAUCAGCUGUUGAAGAAUCCAGACCGGAGGUUUAUCUAUGUGGAGACGGCCUUCUUCUACCGCUGGUGGAAACAGCAGAGCUCCAGUACACAGCAGACAGUCAAACAGCUGGUAAAUGAAGGUCGCCUGGAGUUUGUGAAUGGUGGCUGGUGCAUGAGUGACGAGGCUACUACUCACUACAGCGCUGUCAUUGACCAGAUGACCAUGGGCCUGAGGUUCCUCAAUGAGACUUUUGGGCCUUGUGGUCGUCCUCGAGUUGCCUGGCACAUUGACCCGUUUGGCCACGCCCGUGAACACGCCUCCAUGUUUGCACAGAUGGGAUAUGACGGCUUCUUCUUCGGUCGUCUGGACUACCAGGACCGGAGUCAAAGGAUGAUGAAGAAGGAGCAGGAGCUUCUGUGGAGAGCGUCUGACAGCCUCACACCCCCCAUGGCUGACCUCUUCACUGGAAUCCUUCCCAACGGUUACAACCCCCCUGAGGGCUUCUGCUGGGACCAGAGCUGUGAUGACCCACCAAUCAGAGACGACCCGGACCUGGAAGACUAUAACGUUGAUGAUGUGGUGAGGCGCUUCCUCACCAUUGCCAACAGUCAGGCUCUGGUGUAUAAAACGAAUCACAUUAUCAUGACCAUGGGCUCGGACUUCCAGUAUGAGAACGCCAACCUGUGGUACAAGAACCUGGACAAGCUGAUCCACUAUGUCAAUGCCCAGCAGUCGAAUGGCAGCAAAGUCAACGUGCUCUAUUCUACCCCCUCCUGUUACCUCCAGGAGCUGCACCGGGCAAACCUCACCUGGCCUUUGAAAACGGACGACUUUUUCCCUUAUGCAGACAACGCUCAUGAUUUCUGGACCGGCUACUUUACCAGCCGACCGGCGCUGAAACGUUACGAGAGGAUCAGCAACAGCAACCUGCAGACGUGUAACCAGCUGGAGGUGCUUGCGGGCCCGGUCUCCAGGGAGAGACCUUUUGGGAAAGGCGACAGCCAGACCAUGAAGAAAGCCAUGGCGGUGGCUCAGCACCACGACGCGGUGUCGGGCACAGAGAAGCAACACGUAGCCAACGACUACGCCAGGCGGCUGGCUAACGGCUGGCAACAUUGUCAGGUUUUGGUCAGUAACAGUCUGGCUGCUCUGAGCAGUUCGUCUGCUGAGCGGAUCUACUGUGAUAACCUCAACAUCAGUGUGUGUCCUCUCACCGAGUCCAGCAAAAAGUUCUCAGUCAACGUGUACAACCCUCUGGCUCGACCCGUCACUUGGCCGGUCAGGCUGCCUGUGAAUGGAACGGCUUACACAGUGUCUGAUGCUAAAGGCAAAUCUGUCGACUGUCAGGUGGUUCCAGUGUCCAGAGCCACUCGGGAGGUGAGGAGAAAUCGGGGCUUCGCUGUCAACGAGCUGGUGUUCCAGGUUCAGGCUCCUCCUCUGGGCUACAGCACCUACUCUGUGUCCCUGGUUCAGGACGGACCUCCACCCGCCUCCGCACAUCACCGCACUCCCACAGUGAUCCAGAACAAGUUCCUCCGAGUGACCUUUGACCCAGAUACCGGCCUCUUAAGCAGCCUCAGCAACGUAGAGACCAAACAGAGCAUCAAACUGACACAGAAUUUCUAUUGGUACAACGCUAGCGACGGUAACAACACCGAGAGUAUUCAGCCCUCAGGAGCCUACAUUUUCAGGCCCAACUCGUCCACACCUUUCAUCAUCAGCCGGACGGCCAAGACCGAGACCGUGCAGACCUCAGUGGUGCAGGAGGUGAGGCAGUGGUUUUCUCCCUGGGUGUCUCAGGUGGUCCGUCUCCACGCUGACAGCAGAGCUCUGGAGCUGGAGUGGACAGUCGGACCUCUGCCCAUAGAUGACGACCUGGGGAAGGAGGUGAUCACCCGUCUAGACACUAGUAUCAAAACCUCAGAAAUUUUCUACACUGACUCCAACGGCAGAGAGAUGCUGGAGCGAAAGAAAGACUUCCGUCCCACGUGGCACCUAAAGCAGUCAGAGCCCAUCGCUGGAAACUACUACCCCAUCAACUCCCGCGCAUACAUCAAGGAUGAUGUGGACCAACUCACUGUGGUGACUGAUCGCUCUCAAGGAGGAGGGAGCAUCCACAACGGCUCUCUGGAGAUCAUGCUCCACCGCCGGCUGUUGUACGAUGAUGUGCGCGGCGUUGCCGAGCCUCUCAAUGAAACCUCCAGCAUCUUCCCAGAGGGGCUGGUUGUCCGCGGCCGCCUGCUGCUCUCCCUCGACCGCCCGCCCGUCGCCGCCGACACACACCGCCCUCUGGCACAGGAGGUGGUACUGCAGCCGCUGCUGACGUUCACUAAUGGAGAUCUGAGCCCAAACACUCGGCUGGAGUUCUCAGGUCUUCAGGCUGCGCUGCCGUCUGCCGUCCACCUCCUGACGCUGACUCAGUGGGACAAAGACUCGGUGCUGCUGAGACUGGAGCAUCAGUUCCAGAGCUGGGAGAGCAAAGUGAACUCAAAACCAGUCACAGUCAACCUGCAGAAGCUGUUUUCCACUCUGCAGGUGCUUGGCGUGUCUGAACUGAACCUGUCAGCCAAUCAGUGGAAAGACGAGAUGAUACGUUUUGACUGGACGCCACAGACAGGUAAGAAGCCCCUGCUCAAGACGUUCGAAGACCCCUCCGUGUGGGAGGUGACCUUGAGGCCGAUGGAGAUCCGAACCUUCCUGCUCAGAGUCAGUCUCAGAUAGCCAAUCACAAGUUUGAAACUGCACAAGAACUCACAAAUGAUAGUGAUACAAUUACAAUCAAAUAACGGGUCCUGUGGCCUCUUGUUUGGGUUUGAUUCGACCAAGCGAGGACUUUUUUUUUUUUUUUGCACCAGCUAGAAUUUAUAAAUGCACUCGAGAAAGGAUGAGAAGCGUUUCUCUUUACAAAGAAUGACAGGUUGUGUACACACUGCAUGUGGCUGGAUUUUGAAUGCAGGGAUAGACAACACUGCCCACGAUGCAGAUCAACGCUGUGGCCUGACGUACCUGAGCUCGGGUUCCAGAAACAGGUCAAGAUCAGGUUUGUUCUGCUUUUACACAGAAAUAAACCUGAUGUUAAGAUGUUUUCGGAAAACCUAAGCUGUGUUCAGCAGCACUCAGUGACACGAUAUGCCUGAACACAUUUCUCAUAAGAGGCACAUUUGAGAUGUUUUUUUUUUUUGUUUGUUUUUUUGUUAAACUACAGACACAUCAAAAAACAAGAGACACUAUUAUUGAAUCCCUUCAAAACUGACCAUGGACCAUUUUUCAGCCUAAAGUAGACGUUUUUCACAAGAAUCACCUCUAAUCACAGAAAACUGCAAAAUAUUCAGAGUUUUUCUCUCUACAAACUGGUGCCAACAUGUACUGACUGCCUGGUGUAUACAUGACUUUUCUACUCUUGCCUAUAUGUGUAUAUACUUUGAAAAUGAUUUUAUACUGAUCAUCAAGCAGCUCAUAAUAAAAUCUAUCAUUCUUACUGUG